AUGGCAACCCUCUACAAGUUAGCACAAUUCGGCAAGCUCACCAAGGAGGAUAUGACCAACAAGCAAAUCAUGCACGGCCUGAAUGCGGUUGACCCCGUAACAAAGCUCACUCCCCUCGGCGUUGCAGUUUGGUUCUCCCAUGUCAAAACAAUCGGACUGCUGCUCAAGAACGGAGCCAAUCCCGACGGAAAAGAUCCCAACGGUACCGCUCGCGAUGUACGCCCGCCGCUCUGGGUUGCAGCCGCAAAGUCCAAAGAGAGAGUAGGAACCAUGAUGCAACUCCUCCUGAACGCUGGAGCAGACCCGAAUAUAGUCUCUCCCUUCGAUGGAGACUCGUCCCCUCUCCUCAAAGCGGUGCAGACGUACAAAUACCCUCCCUUAAUCAGCGCACUGGUAGACAAGGGUGCAAACCCGGACCAGGCAAACGGUCUGGGACAAACACCCAGGCGCAUCGCGGAGGACCGCAAUGAUCGUGAUACGGUAAAGGCGCUGCGGAAACGAAAGGAGCGCUCGCUAGGACGGCUCCACUGGGUUGGCGUGAUUGUUAGCGUCGUAGUGGGCGUGGUUGCGUGGGUGAAUGCAUUCGUCAUGGUCGCUGUGGUUGGCGCUGGGGGCGCUGUGGCUGCUGCAGCCCCGUAUGUAACGCAGGUGAUUAAGAGGAGGUUCCAGAUGAGUGGGAGUUUUGUGAAGAAUGUUUGGCCAGAGAAUCUGAAACAACGCGAGCCCAAAGAAGAGUUCAAGAAAGAUGCGAAAGAAUUCAUCAAGGAGAACAAGCUGAACGAGUUCUUCCCGCCCAAUGACCCAUUUCUGCAGACGGUGGUUGAUAAAGCCACGGAGCUGGAGGCCAGCCCGGACAACACCCUAGACACAAAGGACUUGGCCCGGUUAGCCCUCUACCAACCAGUCAUGUAUUGUGAUGACAGUGGUUCCAUGAACAAGGAUAACCGAGCCAAGCACCAAAUCGAUAUCGUCGAGCGUAUUGCGAGCAUUGCCACACGCAUUAUCCCUGAUGAUGAAGGCGUAAAGGUCCGGUUCAUCAACCGCAACACAGAUAUCAUGAUUUAUAAACGGAAUCUUGAUGAGCUCGGACCAAUCAUGGGAAGGCAGUCUCCCUACGGACCAACGGAGAUGGGCACGUAUCUUAGAAGCAAGGUCCUUGAUCCACUUGUGUAUCAGCCGCUGGCAACAAAGAGCCUGAAGCGACCAGUUCUUGUCUCCAUCAUCACGGAUGGUCGUCCAGAGGGCGGGCGUGAAAAAACUGAUACACUAAAGAAAACGAUCCUUGAAUGCGGAAAACGCUUGGAGGCGGCUGGGUAUGAUCGAAAAGUGGUCCGCUUUCAGAUUAGCCAAAUUGGGUAUGACGAGAAUGCAAGAGACUUUCUGGAGUCUCUAACGCGUGAAGAUGAAUUGCUGGAUGUUUUGUACUGCACAACUGACCGAUUGGACGAGGAGUUUGCGAAACUCCAGAAUAAUGAGGCUCGGCUUGAGCAAUGGCUCCUCCGGCUCUUGAUGGGGCCGAUCACGAAUGCGCACCAGGGUUAG